AUGAGUGUUACCGCCCAAGACAAAGAUGAUCGGGCAAUGCGCCACUACCUGCCCGACGUCACCAAGUUGCCCGCCGACUUCCAGAGACUCCUGGAGAACUACUCGGGCAUUCCGGCAGAUCAAACCGUGGCGCACGUCAACCAUGUGGUACGUCGUGCGAACCAAACGUCGCGUCCGCGUCGCACUGCUAAGUCUGGAGAAGCGGAGGGCAGCAUUCGACAUCUGCCCGUACCCGUGCAUAGGGCAUUGGAAAUUCAUGGCGCUCACCCUCCUCAGCCAUCCUGACUACCCACGCAUCUUGGAGCGACUGAAAUCAGGGCAGACGUUUCUGGAUGUAGGAUGCUGUUUCGCUCAGGACAUGUAUGAUUGGCUCGAGCCAGCGGUUCAGGCAGAGCAAAGUCUGACGAGAUUCGCAGGAGACAACUUGUCGCGGACGGCGUUCCGUCUGAACACCUCUACGGUCUGGAACUGGAACAACAACUUGUCACUACUGGCCAUGACCUCUUCUGCGAUGAGAAAACACUGCAAGCCACAUUCCUCAUCGGCGAUAUGCUCUCCCCUCCCGCACACUUUCAAGACUUGUACGAGCAAUUCGACAUCGUAAAUGCUUCGGCUAUCCUUCAUCUGUUCCCCUGGAAACAACAGGUACAACUAGCAUCUCUCAUCGCCAGGUUCACUCGCGGUAACGCAAGCAUUGUCGGUCGAAUGACCGGCAGCACUGUCCCUGCAGAGUACCCGGCUCUACACGCUGGUGCCACGGGCUGGAGACAUGACGUCGCGAGCUUACAGAGACUGUUCGAUGAAGUCGGCAAGGUGACCGAUACCAAGUGGAAAGCCAGUGGGACUCUGGAUCUGGAAGGAUGCUUUCCCGUUCCAGAUGGUAAACCUAAGGAUCCGAAAGAGUUGCCCGUGUGGUGGGAGCCGAAUAUGAGGAGACUCUUGUUCUCUGUCCAGAGGCUCUAA